AUGACGCUCUGGCGGGCGGCGGGACGGUUUCCAUUCAAUCCCAUCUCCUCUUCUCGACGGUGCUAUACCUCUCCAUUCAUCCUCGCGCUCCCGAAAGCCGACAUUUACCGCUUCGGCGACGCCAAUCGGGCAACGCCGGUCCUCCACUCCGUCGAGUGGACAAUCGAGCCACACGAGAGCUGGGCCGUCGUGGGCUCUGGUUCUGGUGAGAAGUCUCUCAUCUUCGAUUUGCUGACGGGACAUCUGCGCGUGCACCCCCCGCCGGGCCAGCUCUACCCGUUCCUCGCCGCCAACGGGGACCCGUACAGCUGCAUAUCGCUUGUGUCGUUUGCGAACCGGCGCGCGGCGGGCGGGGCGUUCUAUGACUUUUCGGCGCGGUAUGGGGCGGUGAGGGAGGAAGACCGGUACACGCUGCGGCAGACGAUGUUCCCCGAGACGAUCCACGACCUCAAAGCACACACGCGCGUCGCGCUGGAGGAGAAGUCAACGAUGGACAUGGCGUUGUUUGACGAGUUGGUGGACAAGCUCCAGUUGAGGGACCUUAUGGAUCUGCCGAGGGUGGUUUUGAGCAACGGGCAGACACGACGAGCGAGGAUACUCAAGGCCUUGCUGGGAAAACCAAGGCUGUUGUUAUUGGACGAACCACUGACGGGCCUGGACGCGGCGAAUCGUUCUACUGUCUUGUCCAUCCUUCACCACCUGCACCAAAAGAACGACCCCCACAUUCUUCUUGGACUUCGUUCCCAAGAUUCGGUCCCCGGAUGGAUCACACAUCUUGCCUUGGUGGAUAAUGGCGCUGUUCACGUCGGCCCCAAAGCCAGUAUGCUGCCACACAAAACCCGCAUGCAAGAGGCCGCCGCAAGGAGAGCAGAGUCCCGUAUUUCCCCUACACAAACCGGAGACGUGGUGGUGGAGAUGAAGGAUGUGAAUGUCGCUUAUGGUCCUCGUCAGGUACUGAAAAACAUCAACUGGACCAUUCGCCAAGGUGAACGGUAUCACCUCCGGGGCACAAAUGGCUCUGGCAAAACGACACUUUUGGCCCUUCUCACUGGGGACCACCCACAAUCAUAUACGCAACGCUCAAACUCUUCCUCCUUUUCCUUGUUUGGCUCCCCUCGCCACAAACUCCCGACCCCGACGAUCCAUUCGAGGAUUGGUGUCCUGACACCGGAGUUAUUUGAUGCUUUCCCUCGUCGGUCCCCUGGAAUGACCGUCUGGGAGGUUAUCGGGACAGGUUUCGAUGGCGGCUAUGUUUCGCGGGGAGAGGAUGGUGUUGGCGGCGCUGAAGAAGAGCGCAGCUGGCGGGUGGACAGGAUCAACGCCGUCCUCGAUGCCUUAGGUCCCGCAGCAUGGUCCGUAUCCCCGAUUCCGGCCUCCGAAUUCGCGAAGAGGCGACUCGUUUCACUGCCCGUGGGCGAGCAGCGAAUAGUGCUGUUGAUGCGGGCCCUCGUUGCGCGGCACCCGCUGAUAUUGCUGGACGAAGUGUGGAGCGGAAUGGAUGGGCAGAUGGUGCGCGCUGCACAUGACUAUUUGCGAGGGGGCGGAGUCGGGGACCACCAGGCCGUUGUGGUCGUUACCCAUAUCGAAGACGAGGUGCCCUGGGACGAGCGGGAUGGGCUGCGGAGGGUGGAGCUGCAGGAUGGCGUGUUGCGUUUUUGCGGCUGA